UGACGUCAGACGGUGGAAGAGAUAGGGGUAGGCGUGACUUGCGCUUCUGCUGCAGCGGAGAAUGACAUGAGGAUGAGAGAGAUACCGACAGCCAGACGCAAAAGGCUGUCUUGUCAAGGGGUAGAAACAAACCAUACGUAAAAGGACUGAAUAACCCAAAUUCACAGAGCGAUGGGAAAUAAUGACUGAAAUCACCAAGUCUUGUGUGUGACCCCUGUGUGAGUCCUCCGUGCGUCCACCCUCUCUCCGACCCGCUCGAGCCAUGGACUAAAGCAACGCCAACGUGGACACUGCCAUGGCGAUGAGGUGGCAACAGAAACACUCUCACUAAGGAUGCGGGAAAUGCAAGUGUGAAGGCUGGCUACUACGAAGGCCACCGCUGCUGGCUGGGCAGCCUUCCCCUAUGAUCACAUGACUCUGGACAUGGACGCGGUCCUGUCAGACUUUGUUCGGUCCACUGGGGCCGAACCGGGUCUGGCACGUGACCUGCUCGAAGGUAAAAACUGGGACCUGAGUGCGGCACUGAGCGACUAUGAGCAGCUCAGACAGGUGCACACGGCCAACCUGCCGCAGGUGUUCAAUGAGGGCCGCUACUACAAACCGCCCGAGCAUGAGAGCCGCUACUACAAGCCGCCGGAGCGCGACUCCACCCCCCAGCACGUCAGCAAGAUGGAGCAGAGCCUGCAGCGGCCGGAGGAGAACACGCAAGAGAAGCGUCUGUCACGGGGUAUCUCCCACGCGAGCUCUGCCAUCAUGUCGCUGGCAAGGCUGCACGUGACGGGCGAGGUGGCGCGCGAGCAGUUUCCGCUGGAGAUGCCCAUCUACACAUUCCAGCUGCCCGACCUCAGCGUCUACAGCGAGGACUUCCGCAGCUUCAUCGAGCGCGACCUUAUCGAGCAGUCCACCAUGGUGGCCCUGGAACAGGCCGGUCGUCUGAACUGGUGGUCCACCAUGUGCACUAGCUGUAAAAAGCUGCUUCCUCUGGCCACCACUGGGGAUGGGAACUGCCUGCUGCAUGCGGCCUCUUUGGGUAUGUGGGGCUUCCAUGACCGGGAUCUGGUGCUGCGGAAGUCCCUGUACGCCAUGAUGAAGAGUGGGGCAGAGCAGGAGGCUCUGAAGAGGCGCUGGAGGUGGCAGCAGACACAGCAGAACAAAGAGUCAGGGCUGGUGUAUACGGAGGAAGAGUGGGAGAGGGAGUGGAAUGAGCUGCUCAAGUUGGCCUCCAGUGAGCCACGCACACACUUCAGCAAGAACGCCAACACCAGUGGCGGGGUGGAUAACUCGGAGGACCCUGUGUAUGAGAGCCUGGAGGAGUUCCAUGUGUUUGUGCUGGCUCACGUGCUGCGGCGGCCCAUCGUGGUGGUGGCUGACACCAUGCUCAGGGACUCCGGAGGGGAAGCGUUUGCACCCAUCCCCUUCGGAGGUCUGUACCUGCCCCUGGAGGUGCCCCCCAACCGCUGCCACUGUUCCCCGCUGGUGUUGGCCUACGACCAGGCCCACUUCUCUGCCCUGGUGUCCAUGGAGCAGAGGGACCAGCAGCGAGAGCAAGCCGUCAUUCCUCUGACAGACUCGGAGCAUAAGCUGCUGGCGCUCCACUUCGCCGUGGAUCCGGGCAGAGAUUGGGAGUGGGGGAGGGACGACAACGACAACACCAAGAUGGCCAAUCUCAUUCUGUCCCUGGAGGCCAAGCUCAACCUGCUGCACAACUACAUGAAUGUAACAUGGAUCCGAAUUCCCUCAGAAACAAGGGCUCCUCUUGCCCAGCCGGAGUCUCCGACCGCCUCAGCGGGCGAGGACGUGCAGUCCCUGGCCGAGUCCAUGGACUCGGACCGCGAGUCAGUUUGCAGCAACUCCAACGUGAAUUCCAACGGCAGCAAGUCCAACGGCAAGGAGAGCAAAGACAAGGACAAGCAGCCGCGCAAGGACAAGGACAAGGACAAAACGCGGGCCGACUCGGUGGCCAACAAGCUGGGCAGCUUCAGCAAGACGCUGGGCAUCAAGCUCAAGAAGAACAUGGGCGGGCUGGGCGGCCUGGUGCACGGGAAGAUGAGCAAGUCUGGCUCGGGCAGCGGCAAUGGCAGUGGCAGCAGCAGCCGUGCGGGAACCGAAAACGGCACUGGAGGUGGAACAGGAGGAACCGGGGAACCCAAAGCCAAGAAAAAGGACUCCAAGGCCCGCAAGGGCAGCAAGGAGGAGUCGGGUCAGUCGGGUCAGUCGGCCAGCACAUCUUCCUCUGAGAAAUGCACCAGCCCAUCGCCCACGGACCGGGCCUCGGGGAGCUCCCCCGGGCCGGGCCAGGGACCGGGCAGCGGGUCAGGGAAGGGCUCCAGCGCAGGCAGCGGGGGGAGCAGUGGCCUGGAGAGCUGGAAGUACAGCACGGACGUGAAGCUGAGCCUGAACAUCCUGCGCGCGGCCAUGCAGGGCGAGCGCAAGUUCAUCUUCGCCGGACUGCUGCUGACCAGCCACCGGCACCAGUUCCACGAGGAGAUGAUCAGCUACUACCUGACCAGUGCCCAGGAGCGCUUCAGCACCGAGCAGGAGCAGAAGAGGAAGGCCGACGCCGACAAGAAGCCCCAGACCAACGGAGGAGGGGUCGCCGUGACGACGAGCACCAUCAGCACCACCACCUCCGCCGCCGUACCCAUCCUUUCCUCGUCCAUCACCUCCGCCCUGAAGCGACCCGAGCAGGAGAGUGUGUUCCAGCGGGAGCGGUCGGACAGCUCGCCCCCCGACAGCUGCUCUCCGCUCCUCCACCCGGCCUUCCACCACCCACCCCCACCCUCAUCCGCAGCUGACCUCAAGGUGCCCGACAGGGGCAGCCCCAUCCUGUCCACCUCCCCCAUCCCCAUCCCCAUCCCAGCCAACACCGCCUCGGCCCCGGCCUCCGCCCCCUCCCCUGUCCCCUCCAUGUCGUCCAUGUCCCCCGUGCCCUUCUCCUCCCCCAGCAACGCUGCUAGGCGGCCCGGCUCGGUGGGCUCCACGGUGGUGGGCCCGUUGGGUCCAGUUCCAGUGUCAGCCCACUACAGCCACACGCCGCCCGUGCAGCGGCACAGCGUGAUCCACCUGCGUGAGGUGGCACGCGAGGAGCCCGUGGCACCGUCCUGCCGGCUGCCGCCCCCUCAGAUGGGCACGCUGAAGACGUGCGCCACGUACCCGCAACAGAACCGCUCGCUGUCCUCGCAGAGCUACAGCCCGUCCCGGCUGCCCAGCCUGCGCACGGCCGCCAACACCACCCACAGUGGGCACGCCGGCUACGGGCACCACGCCGGGCACGCCGUCGGUAGCUACGGGCAUCACCACCACGACUCCCUCCUGUCCUACACCAUGGCGGGCGAGCACAAGUCCCACACCUACACCAACGGCUUCCACAUCAACGACAUCCGCGACUGCCUGGAGUUUGCCGACGACGAGCCCUCCCCUCACGGCCACUGGCUCGGACACCACGACAGAACCAAAGGCAGUGGCGCUGGCAAUGGCGGUACCGGCAUCGGCACGGGUGGACUCGGCCCCGUGGUGGGCACAGCCGGCCGCAGCGGACCAGUGUCCGGUUCCGUCCCUAGUUCUGUCUGUUCUGCGUACUGCUUCCAGCAGCGGCGCUGCAAGCGGGAGAACUGCUCGUUCUACGGUCGACCAGAGACGGAGAACUACUGCUCCUACUGCUACCGGGAGGAGCUCCGCCGCAGGGAACGAGAGGGCAAAACCCACAGAACCGGAUAGCCCACCCACCCACGGGGCAUCUGCCGGACCCUGUAUUUGCCCCUAUUGCCCCUCCUGGAGAACCAGAGUUCCCAAGGGCACCCCUUGGCACUGCUCUGCAGGUAGAUCAGACAGCACCGGCUUACUGGCAUACCACGUCCUACUCUAUUUAAGAACGGCCUCCUUGUAUUCUCGUUGCAUUUCGUCCAGUAGUGAAGGACACUGUAAACAACAACAACAACAACAACAACAACAAACAGGAAGAGCGACAGGAGUCAGUUUACAGCUUUGGCCAGAGGUUGUGCUGUUGCGUUUGUUUGUUUGUACGUUUUGUCGGUUUGCUUUGUUUGUAUGUUUAUGUCUGAUAGAUCUUUUACUUGUUCUAAAGUAAAAGCCCGUCACUGUGCUCAGAGCACCUACUGUAAACUCACCUGUACCUGUGUGUGUGUGUGAGAGAAAUGUAAAAGCAUAUGUCAAUCUCCAUGGAGCUUGCAGUACUUUAGACGAGUCGCUCCAGUUAGAGGUCAAUUUGAAUGCAAUACUUCUCAGCUUAGUCCUUUGAAGUCUCUAUAUUGAAUAAUGUUCUUUUUUUUUCUCUGUGCAUUGCAAAUAAGUCCAAAGGGAGGGAAGUGCACUGCUAAGCAUGGGAAUUUUUUUAAAAAGCAAUAAUUUUGGUGAUGUUAGCACCUCCUCCCCCCUCCCCUCUUUUGUAAUCUAUGCAUCCCACGAGCGAUAAUGAACUUGCCCUGUUAAUUUACCAAUCUAAUUUCAGCCUGAUGUCCAUGCAACAGAGAACAUCACUCUGUGACUGUGUGCUGCUCGGUCUAUGUUGUGGUGUGCAGUGUUGCUCUUAAGAACAUCAGCUUCCAAUGCCAUGGACUGACUGGCUAGGCCUCUUGUGUGAGUGUGUGUGUGCAUGUGUGUGUGUGUGUGUGUGUGUGUGUGUCCGUAUGCUCCAGUCUAUAUCCUGAUAACCCGAUUCAGCUGUUUCUGAAAGUUAACUUAACAUCAACAUAUUAUCAGCUGUAUCUGAUCACCAAUGAUAUUGCAGGUGAUUCUGGUCCAGGUCUGGGCCGGAUGUGGUCCUGAUGAGGCCUAGAUCUGUGAUGGAGUGGUCCGUAAGAGAUGAUCUUAAGAGAUAAUCUGAGUGUAAGAGAAUGGGUAUAAAACGUAAUGUCAAAGUAUAGAAGCCAUAAUAGAUGAAGCGUUAUGUCUUUGAGGGAACCGUACAGGAUCCGUGUAUAAAUGGUAAGGUGUUCUAGCUGAUGUGAUAUUUAGGGAACAUGUUAGGGGUUCAUGUGGAUUAAUGAGGAGUUUUGUCUGAUGUAACACUUACAAAACAUGUUAGGGGUCUGUGUGAAACUGGAAGGAGUUCUACCUGAUGUAGUGUUUAUGAAACAUGUUCAGACAGCUGCGGACUGUAUCUCAGAUCUGGCCAUAGACCCGAAUCAGAUCAGAGCCAGAUCCAGUCGAGACUCCAGAGUGUGUCUGUGUUGUUGGCUGUGGCACAUUGGAGGUCGUUUAUGAUACCCGAUUCCCUGGAUUAUGAGCACUGCCAAGAGAUUUAUGGAAACAAAUCACAUUGGGCUUUUCCAUUCUAAAAAAAUCUAAACCAAAUUUGAGAUGUGCCAAAACUACAACACAGACACAAAAGAAUCACAGCACACAACUACGACACACAUAAAACUUUUAAUUUGUCCUCAGGUACGUUUACAUUGUAAGGCAAUAUAUAUGUAUAACCCAUUUGGCGAAUAAGGUUAAAUCGUGAAAAACUGUCACCAUAUGUUUUUUAACAAGAGUAUUUCAUACUCAACAAAAACAGAUCUCUGUGUCACUGCUUAUUACAAUUGACUGUAGAAAGCCUAACUAGACCAGUAGCGCUCCAUAGAGAAGCAGGUUGCUGUGUGUUAAUGUAUGUGUGUGUGCAACACCAGGAGAUCAGGAGAGCUGGACAAGGCUGUCGCCUUUGAUUUCAGUGCCACUCAGAAACACCACAAGCCUUUUUGUGACAUCAUCAGUGACCAGUGACAUCAUCAGUGCUUUACUGUGAACACUCCCUCUGUCGCCAGGAGAGUAACACCUGACACACCCAACACACCCUCAACCCCUACACACACACACACACACACACACACAAAAGGAAACACUCUCUCAAACACAGAAACACACACACACACCCUUGACUCCUACACACAUACACACACACAGCCAACAGGAAAAGAAACAUCAACACCCAUUAAUCUUUCCAAAUGUGUUCAUGCCGUGGAAUUUGUGAUGUUCACCUGCACUUUCAGUGUGUGUGAGUGUGUGUACGUGUGUAUCCAAAUAUGACACACAGAAGGUGUGGGUGUGGUUGGCAUGAGUUUUGGGUCGACUUACUCGUUUGUUUGUUUGUUUGUUUUUAUUUUUGUGGCAUCGCCUGGGUACCAGGAUGCUGUCCUUCUGUGAGUUUCUCUCCUGGCCAAGGAUGUCCAAUGCUUUCCACUGUCCGUGCCCUCUCCAGUUUCUACUCACACACACUACGGCCUCCUCUUCCUCACGGUCCUCCUCCUCCUCCUCCUCCUUUCUAUGUGACAAGCUUAUGGACUCACCGUGUUAGAAUUGUAAAAAAGAAAACAAAAAAAAUUCCGGAAGAACAAAAAGAAAAUAUGAUUUUAUAUUCAUUUGAGAGUUUUACACUACUUUAAAUUAUUAAUUUGCACAUUAGGUACAAAUGUAAAUAGCAAAAAGAACAAAACAAGAUUAGUUUAUUGUUA